AUGGGAUCCCUCCUCAGGAAGCUCGACGAGAUACUGCGUACUGAAGAGAGGGCACAGGGACUCAUAGGCGAUCUUCGCAUCAUAAGCACCAAGAUGGAGAAGCUAUCAGAGGUACACAGCCCUCCCCGUACGGUGAAAUACUGGAUGAUUGAAGUGCGUGAAUUGUCGUACGACAUGGAGGUCUGCGUGGACCGGUUCGUCCAUGCCAGACAGCCAGAAUAUUUGCCAGCUAAGGUAGCGUGGAUUUUGGCCUGGAUUAAAGAGAUCUUGGGAUUUGAGGCUCGCGUGAAGGAGGUUAACGAAAGAUGUGAGAGGUACAAUCUUGUUAACGAAUACUGCAAAAAUCAUCACAAUCCUGCGAAAAUUGUAGUGAGCCAUCAUCUUCGAACUCUGUACAAAGAACCCGAUCCUGUCGGCAUGGAAGAGCCAACAAACAACCUUCUUGAGUGGCUGAUGCCGAGGGGACAUGGUGAGGAAGACCUCAAGCUCAAGGUUCUUUCCGUUCUUGGUGACGAAGGAGUUGGUAAAAGCACGCUUGUCAAAAGACUGGCAAGAAUCAUCGCAAGAUAA